ACUCUUGAGCUUCAGGCAUGGGGUUUAUGCCAGCAGGGAAUGUAAGUAAUGUGGGCUAGACUGAGGAGGAGAAAGUGAAUGUACAUUCCACCAAAGGCACCUUUUGCAUUUAUACCCUACUCUGAUUUACGUAUGAGCAUUCCUGGGCUUCCUUCUGCUUCACCUGCCUCAUAAAUGCAAAGAGAAAAGAGAUGCUAAGCCCCCUCCAAAAAUGCGGCUCUGAAGGCUGCCUUGUAGACUGUGACUUUCUGCCUUGGCAUCGGAGCAAUCUCCACAGGAAACAACGGAGCUGUGAGGAGGAGAGAGAGGAAGGGGAUGGCCAUGAGGAGAGAAGCCAGGAGAAACCACGGCCUCCAAGUAUCCGCCUAGAGGCCCCAGAGGCACCCCACGGCCUCCAGCUCCCUCUACAAGACCCUGGAGGGGUAUGGCGAUCCCGCAGUGAGGGGCGAUUGAACCAGAAGGUGGAGCCAUGUCCAGGGGAAACAGAGGUGGGGGACAAAACAGGCAGCGGGUGGAGCCUGCCAUCUCCCAAGUCCCUGAGGAAGGAACGACGCCUAAGAGGAAAAGUUGCAGCGGCAAAACAGCACUUGAGAAAUUUCUUUGGAGGAUCAAAUAAAUCUCUAACAUCCAGUGUGGAAUCAGACUUGGGGUCAGAAUGCGAGAGCAGCCAACAGACACGACAGAGGCAAAAACACCGCCGCAAAAGAAACAAAAGAAAUUUCCUAAGGCUAUGGAGCUCAGGGGGUCAUGAUAUGCCAUCACUUCGGCCAACUCCUGAAGAAGCCCAAGAAUGGGCUGAAUCUCUGGAAAAGUUAUUGCUUCAUCCAUAUGGUCGGAGUGCCUUUCGCUCUUUCCUGGAGUCAGAGUUCAGUGAAGAGAACCUAGACUUUUGGAUGGCGUGUGAAGACUACCGGAAGCUCCGGGGCUGUGACCAACUCCAGGAUAGUGCCAGAAAAAUCUAUGACCAAUACAUCACCAUCCAGGCCCCUAAAGAGGUGAACCUGGAUUCCCAGACCAGAGAUGUCACCAACCGGAACAUUCUGCUCCCCACCCGCUCUUGCUUCGAACAAGCCCAAAGGCGAAUCUAUGGCCUGAUGGAAAAGGACUCGUAUCCCAGAUUCCUCCGCUCCAUCGUCUACCAAGCACUGACACACUCUCACGGACAGCAACCCAACGGGCCUGUGUAAACCCACCCUAAUUGCCCUUCAUUCUGUUUUGGAGCCAGUCUAGGAGAGGAGAAACCAUAGACAAGGCUGACCUUCAACCUGGAAUUCCCUUGCUGGAUUGUUUAAACGGUACACAGCCAAAACAAAGUGUGAAGAAGGGUGGUCUGACCUAGCUCUCUGCGGUAAUGACCAAUGCUGGGGGAAUGUUGGACAGUUCACAUACAUAAACAUUUUUGAGAAGAAAAUAGUUCACGGGAAGUUGGAACGUUGCCCGUUUGUUGCGGGCUUGUUUGUGGACUGAUGUAAAAUAAUAAUAAUAGAAUUGUAGAAUCACAGAGAGAGCCCUGCUUGGUCUGUGCUCCAACAAUCACACUGUAUCAGUGUGGAAUCUGAUGAUACAUAACACACUUCAGCAUCUUCAGGCUUUCUCCUGCUGAAAGAAGAGGGGUGCUAUAGAGAGAAAACCCAUCCUUCCCGCUUCCUAGCAUGGUGGUAGCUUGGCACUUCAUCCUGUUUCACUUUUCAAUGAAAAGUUUGCAAAGUGGUUUACAUAGAUAUAAAUAAAUUCAUAGAUAGGUAAAUAAGAGCUCACAAUCUAAAAAAGAAACAUAAGACAGAUACCAGCAACAGCCACUGGAGGGAUGUUGUGCUGAUGGAUAUGGCCAGUUGCUCUCCCGCUGCUAAAUAAAGAGAAUCGCCACUUUAAAAAGGCGCCUCUGUGCUCACUUCAGUCCUUAUGAGGACGGUGUCAGACAUUGGGGCUUGAAUAAUGAAUUAUGGCCUGAGGUUGUGAGCACCAAGUAUCCUGGGAUUGUUUCUCCUCAGGCCUCAGAGCCCUCCAGAGGUGUAGAAAGAAAGAAACAGGGAUAGGCAACCUCAGCCUCUGAGAUUGGCAGUCAGUAAGAAGCAACUGUUUUGGCCAGACCUGGUAAAUACUAGAAGUCUGGCCUUUUGGCCUGCCAAAAAUGAAACAUUAUCUGCCUGUUUCAUGCCUAGCUUCAAGCCUGGUUUUAACUUGGUACCAGAGAUCUCAGGAUGGAGAACAUGCAUGCUAGGUCUGGUUUUGAAUACAACCACUCAGUCCUGCCCUUGCCCAAGAUGAGCCUAGCUGCUGAGUAAAUCCUGAUAGGGUUUAUUUUUCCAAAGGUGGCAGACCUUCACAAAGUAUGACUUAUAAUUUCCCCAUUCAAAAUCUUUACUGUAAGGGAACACAGAGAUCCACCAGAGGGUGCUGUGUCCACUCAGCCAGUUCAACCCAGAUCGGAACACUGAAUAGAUGGCACAGAAUGUGCGGCUUCAACUUUUGGCUGCAAACAGGACCGUGAUUGAAGCUAUACUGAUGUUCUUUGCAGCAGUGUGGAUAACAUACACACAUGUAUAUGCAUCUUCAAACACAUGCAAACAUGAAUUGUCCCCUUUGCUUAGCAGGGUCCACCGUACUUUGCAUUUGAAUGGGAGAAUGUAUGUGUGAGCACUGUAAGAAAUUCCCCUUAGGGGAUGGGGCUGCUCUGGGAAGAGCACCUGCAUGCUUCCACGCAGAAGGUUCCAAGUUCCCUCCCUGGCAGCUCCCAAGAUAGGGCUGAGAGAGACUCGCACCUGUAACUUUGGAGGAGCUGCUGCCAGUCUGUGUAGACAAUACUGAGCUAGAUGGUCCAAUGGUCUGACUCGGUAUAAGGCAGUUUCUGAUGUUCCUAUGAUACGCCUGUGUACACUGUCCACACAAAUGCAGGAAAGUUUGGGCAACAUCCUGACUAAUGCUGCACUUGCACAAUGGAUGAAGUUGCACUACUGCAAGAAGAUUAUGUAGAUGACGAUUUUCAGCAUGGCAUGCUUGCACAAAAGUUCCCCACGAAACAUAGGAGGUGUGCCACAGGGUGCACACCUUGUUCCUCAGUGCAAGCAUAUUUGUGUUAGUGCAACACUAGUCCGGAAUUUAAGUUCCAGACAUAGCACACCUGACUAGUGCCACAGCCUUGCACAAGCACAAUGUUAGGAUGUUGGCCUUUGCUGCCCUGCAGUGUCUAACCAGUUCUGACCUCGUCCAAACAAGUUUAGUGCCGAACCAGUGCAUGAUCCUUGGUUCAUGCACAUCCCUAGACCACAGUGGGUCUUGCACUUGUGGCCUGGGAGAUGUCACAUGGUAAUUUGGCAUGUGAGCCAUCCAGUUCUACUUAAAAAGUGGAACCAGCAAGGACUCUAACCAAUAUCUAUCAAACCGAUAGGCCACAGCAGGUCAUGUGAUGGUUGGUGCUUUCUGAUGCCUAUAAAUGUUUCCAAAUCAGGCUCCCUCACUGGUCUGGUUGGAGAUCCUACUCUUUCUGCUGUCCACAGACUGCGUUGCUUCAUCCACAUCCUCCGCUUAACAGGAAUCAUAUCUGAUAGUGCACAAAUCUCAAAACUCUCAGUUAGGCUGAUUGAGAGUUUGCUUAGCCAUGGCCAUUAGAGUGCUUCAUGAGCUAAGCCGGGAUGUAAACAAAGGUCUCCCUGGUUUAAGUCCAACAGCCUCCCACAGGGGGGAAAUGUUUCCCUUCCACCCUACACAGGGCUUCGUAGAUCUAGGGAAGCCAAAAGCAGAAAAGUGUAGUACUUGUGGAAAGACCCAAGUCCCAGAGCUUCUUUGGUUGGGGCAGCUUCAAAGAAACAACCAGAAAAUCAAUGAUUUCAUAACCAACAGGGUUUGGUAAUCCUUGAGCCAGCGUGGUGUAGUGGUUAGAGUGCUGGACUAGGACCGGGGAGACCUGAGUUCAAAUCCCCAUUCAGCCAUGAUACUUGCUGGGUGACUCUGGGCCAGUCACUUCUCUCUCUCAGCCUAACAUAUUUCACAGGGUUGUUGUGAGGAGAAACUUAAGUAUGUAGUACACCGCUCUGGGCUCCUUGGAGGAAGAGUGGGAUAUAAAAUGUAAAAAAUAAUAAAUAAUAAUAAAAUAAAUAAUCGGCUUACCAAACCCAA